AUGACUUCGAAAUCGGGCGCCCUCUGGGCAAAGAUAAUGGAGGAGUUGGCAGAUGCCCUGGCCUACUGCCAUAAGAAUAAGGUGAUUCACAGGGAUAUCAAGCCAGAGAACCUACUUCUAGGCCUCAUGGGGGAGGUGAAGAUCGCGGACUUUGGUUGGUCUGUACACACCCCUUCUCUGAGGAGAAAGACGAUGUGUGGGACUCUGGACUACUUGCCCCCAGAAAUGAUCUCAGGGAGAAUCUACGAUGAGAAGGUGGACCUGUGGUGUAUCGGGGUGCUGUGCUAUGAGCUGCUGGUUGGCAGUCCCCCCUUCGAGAGUCCUACCUCCAAUGAGACAUACAAGCGCAUCCUCCAGGUGGACAUCCAGUAUCCCCCAUCAUUGCCUGUGGGUGCCAAAGAUUUAAUAUCGAAACUUCUCCGAGCCCAGCCUUCAGAGCGGCUGCCCUUGGCUGAAGUCUUAGGACACCCCUGGAUCAAGGCGAACUCUCAGCGGAUGCUUCCUUCGUCCUUACAGUGUGUCUCCUGA